AAAGGAACAAGAGUGAGUGUAACACAAGUUUAUGAACCAACAGCUGUGUGUUCAACGGGUUCAAUAAAAGUGUACAACUAACUGCCCCAACAUGGAAUGAGGACGAAAUCGUAUGCAACACGCCACUAGACAAUUCCAAUUUGUAUUUUUUGUUUUGUUGUUUAUUUUGUUUUUGUUUCUUGUAAUGCGCUAGUCAGCGCCAGUUCCUUUCUCUGUCAUGUAAGUGUGCGGUCAGAGGGCUUCGUGCGGACUCGUGUCCAUUCUCGUUGCAUGUGCGCCAUAAUUCCUAUGUAGUGGUGUGGUAGUUGAUAAAUUUACCGAAGAUAGUCAUAUGUGGCAGCAAACGCCAUCGAACCGUCAACGCUCGUGGACAUGUUUCCGUAGCUGUUUCCGCCGUCGCCAAUUGUGUGUCGCAUUGUGUGAGCGGUGCAUGAGUGACAAAGCUAAUGUCGAGCGACCAAAACGAUAAUAGUCAAUUGGCUUAACGGUACUGGGCAACAGUGUAUAUUGUGUGCAAUGAAAAUGGCAGAGGAAGUGUGAACUUAGUGGCAAGGUGGUGUGGCAAAAUGCGCGAAUGAGCAAUCAAGCAAAUUAUAAUGCAAAUACGCGAACAACACAACAAAAGCAACAACAGCGGUAUGUUGAGUGAAAACAAACAACAACAUAUAUGGCAAAUAACAAUUGGGCUUCUGUAUGUGUGUGCGUGUGUUUGUGUGACAAAUAGCCAGAGGGCGUGCAGUGCAAUUUAGAAAAAUGCUAACCUAUCUACAUACAAACUCGUUAGAAUCCGCAGAAAUGUGUAAUUUGCUGAAAUCCGAUUGAGUUCUUUCGAAAUACGAGCACAACAAAAACAAAAGAAAAACUAGUGCAAUAAAUAAUACUUUCGUGAAAAACGUCAGACAGUAGAGCUGCGUGUGUGUAUGUGUGCGUAAACAUAUAGAAAAUCGCAUAACAAAUAGCUGGGAAAACCGCACAGAUGACCAGCCUGCAGUUCUGUGAGUGUGUGUGUGUAACAGUAAAUGAUAGAAAACGUAUUUGUGUGACAUUUUGUCUAGCGUCAUUUGCAUGAUCAAUAUGCAGAGCAAAUAAAUGUAAAAAAGGAAACUUAGCUAUCCGCUGAUAAAUUUGCAAAACGCUCAUUUUCCUCUUCGUCCUGACGCUCUAUAGUGUUUUUUUCCUUUGAGCUCGCGCGUGCGUGUAUGUGUAUUGCUCCACAUUCGUCGUUGUUGUUGGUAUAUUGUUGAGUGGGUGUUCCGUUAUUUUACAUAUUUAUGCAGAUGACUUAUUGCUGGAAAGUUUCCGCCAUGCAUUCGAUUCGCUUGAAUGCACGAGCACAUUGAGCUGCAGUCACAGUGCUGCUCUCGCCAUCGCUGUGGCAUUCGCGUUCACCACGCUCAGCGGUGGUAUCGUCUUUAAGCCGCGUGUAGCGCAUUAGCAACUCAGCAACUUAGUAGUGCACAUUUAAUUACAUAUAACAUACAUACAAACAUACAUCUAUAGCGAAAAUGCCACCGAAACGCAGACGCCGUUUUCAAGGAUUGUACUAUCAUUCGUCGCCGCCGAAAGUUCUACCAAUGAACGGACAAUCGUCGAACCAAGGCCGAAAGCGUCGUGACAUAGAUGAUUUCUCAGUCAAACUAUCAACCAUAAGAAUAUGGAUGCACGAAAAGGAUAUUGGCAAGCUGACACGCAUUCUCUGGGCCGGUCAGGGCAGUCGGCUGUGCCAGCAGGCGAGCACAAAUCCGCGUGUCAAACGUUUUUUGGCAGCGGUGCCAUAUGUGAUGAAUUCGAUCAAGGACGUACAUCAAGCCGUCAUCGACAAUAAUUUGGAGACAUUGCAGGCGAAAAUGGAGCCACCGGUGCCACCGGCACUCAUUACCUGUCGCGAUGCGAAUGGUCUGAAUCUUAUACACAAAGCGGCGGGUCUGGGCCAUACCAAGAUACUUGAGUAUCUGAUUGGUAUUUGGCCGGAUGGCAUUGCCGAAACGGAUAUAACGGGCAAAACACCGUUACAUUGGGCGGCAAGUCACAAGAAUAACAUGCGCUGCUAUACGCUGCUCACGGAGGCCGGCUGCGAUGAAGAGGCCUUGGAUUAUAAAAUGAAAUCGCCUACUUACUAUCGCCACAAGCCGCACGAAAUUGAACGUGCCUUUUUGGUUUAUGUGCCGGAGGCGCCACGUGUCUCACCAGAUGUCGCCACCGAUUGGGAGGCGCUGAGCGAAGACACCGGCGAUGGUGGCAAGAAAUUAGAUAUUAAAAUACCAGAUACGAAUGGUUUUCAUGGUCGCACCACUGACGACAGUAUUGAAAAUACAUCGGAGGUGGAUCUGAAUGAUGGCAUAAGCACCACGGAAGAACAACACGCCGUAGCUGUUAUUAAUGGCAAUGGUGAUGACUCAGCGCCACAAACGCCAGCAAAAGAUGACGAAGAAGCAAAAGAUUAUGCAGCGGAGGGUUUUGAAGAAGACACACCACUGACAAAUGGUGCGGCAGAAACAAACGACGUCAAUGGGCAUGACGUAGCUAAGGCAAAAGCCGAAUCCGAGGACGCUGAAGUAGUAGAGGCUGAAGGCGAAGCUGCGGUAGAUGCAGAUGCUGAGGCAGAAGCUCCGGCUCAUGUUACGGCUGACGUCGAAGCCGAUACUGAGGCCACUCCAGAGGUAGAAGCCACAGAAGCGAAGACUAAUAUGAAAGCUUUAAAUCACACAACAACAACAACAAAUGGGAAUGAAGAGCAUGCGGAGCAGAGAGAGAGUGAGACAGCGGCAACAGCUGUUGACGAUAACAAGGAUACGGCAGAGAGCGAUAUUGUUGAAAAUAAGAGGAAAAAUGAGCAAAGUGAGGAGACAGAGAAGGUAGAAGAGAGAAAAGUUGAAAGUGAAAAGAAAACUAUCGCAGAGAGUGAAACUAAGGCCAAAGAGGAAGAUGGACAAAAAAACGAAGGUACGGAAAAUCAAGUAGACACAGAAGAGAAGUCAGAAACAGUUGAAAGGAAAGAAGUAGAAAAUACGAAGGAUGAUGAAAAAGAAACCAAGGUUAAAGAAAAUAAAAUAAAGGAUGAAACAGCAAAUACUGAGAGUAAAAUAGAAGAGACACAGGUCUCCGAGUUGUCGAUAGAGCCUCGCAUUGAGAGUGGAGACACGCAAAUGAAAGAAGAAAAGGAACAGAAACCAAUGGGUGAGAAAGAGCAAGAUCAAACAGAAGCGGAAGCGGAAGCAAAGAACGGCGAUAAGAUAGAGAGUGAAGUUGUCGAAGUACAGCAUGUUGGAGAGCAAGCUGAAGAUCAUAAAAGCGAUUUAGAAGUAAAUGAGUUGGACCAAAAGUUUAAAGACGUAGUUGACGAAAUAGCACCGCUCGAUACCACAGAGGCAGUAAAGGAAAUAUUAAAAGAACAAAAACACGAACAUGAAAACGAAAACGAAGCAGCAACAGACAGUGAAAAUGAAACUAAUAACGGAUACGAAUCGGAUAAUGAACCCGCACCCGAUACCGCAUCCGAACACGAAGCCGAGUCUGAAGCCGAAAACGACGACGAGGUGCAAGUAAUUACAGAUCCACAAACAGCCGAUAAGCUGGAUGAAAAUCACAACGAAGAUAAAUAUGGCAACGGUGAUGUCGCCAGUUCGCCGACUUCAUCGCUGGCCAUUGAGGGCUUUGUGAGUGGCGCGUCGGAGGAUAAUAGAGUUCAGUCGCAAUCCGCUGCUUACGUACACGAACAGUCAGAUGUACGUGGAGCCAUCGAGGCCGGUGACAUGGAACAAUUAGCGCAAAUUGUACUCAACGGUGAUGGUAAAAAGCUGAUGAAUAUGCAGUCCAAUAAUCCGGACAUACAGGCGUUUCUCAGUAAUGUGCCCAAUUAUAUGAGCAAAAUUCGACGUGUGCAUGAAGCGGCUCGCGAAGGUAGUCUGUUGGCUUUGCAACAAGCUUUGGAUCGACGAAAGUUUGCCAUUGCUAAGGAUGAUAUCUCACCUAACGGUGCAACACCACUGCAUGUGGCCGUGCUCUUUGGUAAUACAGAUAUUGUGCGGUAUUUGGCGGCACGUUUUCCAGAAACCACCACAAUCACCGACAAUGAUGGACGUACAGCGCUACAUUAUGCCGCCACAAUUAAUGAUAAUGGACACUUUUACAAUGUACUCACACAGCUUGGUGUCAACAGCAAAGCUUUGGAUAAGCUUGGGAACACGCCUGAGUUCUAUCAACACAAAGACGAAGAAGCCAAAGAUAUACUCAACUAUAAAAAGUUAUUGAGCAAUUUUGGCGCAGAAGAGCUGGAGGAUGAACUGCUGAAUGAUCAAGGUCAAGCUGAAAAUGGCGGCAGUCAAAUGAACCCCAUUUUUAAAACGGAGCAAGGCAAAUAUUUAGCGAACAAUCUCGCUGAUCCGCUCAUUAAAGCUCUUACGGAAAUCGCCAACAAACGACCGGAAGACCCCGUUGCAUUUCUCGCUAAUUAUCUGCAAAAUUAUCUACACAAGCGCGAUCCCACAGAGACGAGUAAUAGUGGCAAGACAAACUCCACCGCAACAAUAACGUCCCACACAGGCAUGGUGCGACGCACGGGCACGGGUUUGCGCAGUGACAGCAAUAUAAAUGGCGUUGAGGAUCGCAUUGAAGAAGAUCAUAUUUCGAAUGCCGAUGAGGACGAGGAAACGCUAGCAAAUGUUGAUGAUCGCGAUGAGCAUGGACAAAGUAUGCUACAUUUCGCAUGUGCGCGUUCACAUCGACGCGGUGCGCUAAUGCAUCUAAUUGAGGAAUCGAAUAUCGAUAUAACAUAUCGAGAUGAAUUGUAUCGAACGGCGCGUGAUGUAUCGCUACAGGCGAAUCAACCAUCGAAUGCGAAAGAUAUCGAUCGUUAUGUGUUAUCGCUAGCUGUGAUUGGUGAUGUUAAGCCAUUCGAAAUGCUCGCUGCGGAAGGCUAUGAUCACAUCGUAGACAUUACCGACGACAACGAAUUAAGUAUAGUGGAAAUAGCUGUCGAGCGUGAACACGAAGAGCUUGCGAACUUUCUACGCAAUCUGCGCACAUUGGAGGUAAGUAAAUGUUUAUUACAUAUAUUAUAUUUAAGCCUCUUCUGGUUAUACGUUUCACAGGAAUUGCGCGAAGAAUUACAUCAAAUGAUAAGAGAUGGUAAUGUCGGACGUGCGAAGGAAAUCGUAGCAGAGCCGAAUGGCAAAUGGCUCUUAAAAGCCAAAAACUACUAUGGACGCACAGCUUUGCAUAUUGCAGUUUUGAAAGAGAACGAAGAAGUCGUGGAACAUUUUGUAAAUAUCUAUCCGGAAGCUCUGAAGAUUGGUGAUAAUCUGGAACGCACUGUCUUGCACUAUGCCAUGGGCACGAAUGCCAUCGAAAGCUUAAGUCGCAUACUCAUACAAAAAGGUGCCAAGCGUACAACUAAAGAUCUGAAAGGACGUCAGCCAAGUUAUUACUUUAUGAAUAAAGCCGAUAUUUUGCGUUUGCAAGAGGAAGAGGAGGAGAACCGUUAAAUACUCACAGUGCAUAUAAGUGUAAUAGGCAGGGUUGCAUUUGCAAUAAAAAAUAGAAGCUCAUAUUUUAAGUUUGCCAGAGUUAGAAGAGGAAAACCGUUUGUAUUGUAAUGAGCAGGGUUGCAUUUUUAAUACCAAUGUGGUUAAUUGAAAUUCUAAAUAGUUUAAAUAUUUAGUUAGUUGGUGUAAAAUGUAAAUUUUGUAAGUGAAUCGUCAACAAAAGUAGGCGAAAAUAUUUCAUUUGUGCAGUUGUGUAUGGGAAAUUAUUAAUAAAUAGCAUUGUAAGCAAUAUCUCUAAUAAAAGCAAUAAUUUUAAUAAUAUUUUCGAUAUGUAGUGAAAUAUUAAAAUCGUAAUCUUUUUUUUAGAAAUUUAAGCAACAAAAAAUUUGUGUCAAAUUAUAAAUGGAAAAUUUAAUAAAAAAUUUGUUUAUGCAAUAUAUCGAAAUAUUUCAGAGAAUAGCAAACAGCGGCUCUAUUUUCAAUAAAGCAUUGAAGAUAAGUCUAGAUUUAAGCCUAUAUUUUAUCAGCGACACUGGCAUACAUACAUUUAGCACUAGAAGUACUUGUAUUUAUAAUGCGGGUUUACCGAAAUUCUAUACACGAUAAAUUGUAGUUUUAAAGUAGUUUGAAAUAUUAAAAUCUUAGUUGGUAGUAAAAAGCAUAAAUAAAUAAAUGCAAAAACUCAUUUAAA